GCCAGGUUUGUUACUUUCGCCUCAAAUGACCUUCAAAUGGAUAAAGGAAGCUGCCUUGGUCGUGUUCCAUACAACUCGGUGAUUGGUUUCAUCUUAGUACUUGUUGGAGGUGGUGUUUUGUGUGGUACAAUUUAUUCUGGAAUAUCACGUAUCGAUACAUACUUUCGGUUGUAUUUUUUUCCUGUUUACUCUUUACCCUAUCUAAGAAUUGCUGCAGUUGUAAAUGGAGCUGUAGCUGUUCUACUUGCUUUUCUUAUACUAAUUUUCUCAACACUUGUGAAUAAUGCCACUCGUGGCCGCAUCUAUCGUGGUGAUCGCUACAUUAUGGGUGGGCGUUGUUCAGCGGCGUUGUUUAUGUGCACCACAUAUUUAACCAUAAUUGUAUGGUUAAUAUUUUUAGCAUUCCUUGUUGUUCCUACAUUUUGUUGGGCAAUGUUCAAUUCCAUUUGUACUGCUGACUUAGCUGAUGUUUGGCAUGGACCAGGUGCACGACGUCCUGGCCCUGAUGGUCGUGUUGCUCCCUCACUGUCAGAAUUACGAGAUCGUAAAGAUUAUCUGGCAGAAACGUAUACAGCUCGUCUUGCUUAUUAUUAUCAAAAUCUUAAUUUUGGUUAUAAUCCUACUGAUUCACAGAAUGGUUUCAGGUCUCCUUUUGUUAAUCUGGGAAAUUCAAUUAAUAUGCCAAAUUAUCAUGCCAAUCGUUAUUAUUCUCCUGACUUUAAUUAUAUUUUUAACUUAACACAUUAUGGUGUUUAUAUUAAACCGUGGAUGUAUGAUGAAUCAUUGAAUUAUCGUGAAGCCAUUACUUCUCUAAAUGAAUUUGCAAGAUUUUGUGAUGAAGUAAUGAUAGUGGGACCGCUUUUUGCUUGUUCCCUUGGUGGUGCUGUUUUCGUUCUACUUGGUUUGACUCUAUUUGUUGGCUCAUUGUCUGCAUAUUAUACUCGAUUAAAAUUAACAAAAGAAUUGACCGAUUUCAAACAGAGUAUUGCAUUGAGAUCACCGAAAAAUCAUGAUCCAACUGCUUAUUUUUAAAUAACC